AUGAAGAAGUUUUCCAAACUGUUUCGCAGACCGCCUCGGUAUGUCAUUGCCAGUCUACUGUGUUCUUUCGGGGGCUUUCUGCAGGGCAUCGACACUGGCAUCAUCGGCCCAGUAACAGUCAUGGACAAAUAUGUUCAGCACUUUGGGCAUCCUAGCCCUGCCAUACACGGUCUUGUUGUGUCCUCGAUUCUCCUUUCGGCUGCAGUCACUUCAUUUCUCGCCGGACACGUCGCGGACAAUCUUGGCCGAUCAUCAGGCAUUGCCAUUGGUGGAUUCAUCUUCGCUUUUGGUGCUGCGGUUGAAGCAGGAGCUGUUCAUCUCGGCAUGUUCAUCGCUGGCCGUCUGAUAGUGGGUGUUGGUGAAGGAUUCAUCAACGGGAUCAUGCUAGCAUAUAUUUGCGAAAUCUCGCCCGCGCGACACCGUGGGGCCUUGACAACUGGGCCUCAGCUCUUCGUUUGCUUUGGCCUUUUGGGUGGCUUUUUUACUUGCUACGGAACGGCAGACAUCGAAACGGACUUGAGUUGGCGCCUGCCCUUUAUCCUCCUAGCGAUUUACGCCACCGCCUUUUCGGCUGUUACCUUUCUACUGCUUCCACCGUCGCCGCGAUGGCUGGAGGAUCAAAGGAGGAGCAAGUCGGAAAUAACUGCUGCUUGGGAUGCGCUAGAAAUCCCGGAUACCGAUCAAGAUACUCCGGAGGAUGCUCUACCCGAAGACGCGCCGUCAGCAAGCGUAUCAACCGCAGUCGCCAGAAAAGGGUUUAAUUCUAUGGGUGUGCUUGCCCCGGAGGCUCGAUCGCGUUUCUUCAUGGCAGUAUUUCUGAUGGCCAUGCAGCAGCUCUCUGGGAUUGAUGGUGUCCUUUAUUACGCACCUCUUCUUUUCCAGCAGGCUGGUAUUGGUGUCAAUGGUGACACGUUCCUCGUCUCGGGCGUUCUAGCUAUAGUCAUUGUCGCCGUCACAAUCCCGGGCACAAUUUGGGCUGAUCGCUGGGGGCGUCGCUCAAACACUAUUUUCGGAGGUCUGGGGAUGGCGGCUUGUAUGCUCCUUCUUGGUGGCUUAUACGCCGGCAACGUUGUAUCCCCCACCAGCGCCGCACGCUGGAUUGUCGUCGUCACCAUUUACGUCUUUACCGUCAUCUAUUGCAUCUCAUGGGGUAUCGUUUUGAAGAUUUACGCUGCCGAAAUCCAGCCCCAGAGAACCCGAGCUACUGCCACUAGCAUCGCCCACGGUGCCAACUGGCUGACGAAUUUCCUUGUUGCUCUGAUCACGCCGAUACUCCUCUCAAAAACAAGCUGCGGCGCCUACUUCCUUUUUGCCGGCUGCACCUCUGUAACAGCGGUGGUCUGCUGGUUCGGCAUGCCAGAGACGAGGCGGCGAACGCUGACCGAGAUACAGCAAGAUUUUCGGUCGAGUACUGCAAAGAAACUCUUCUCGUGGAAGUCGAAUGUUGCGUCUCCGUGA